AUGAAUAUUGUAUAAUUCGAAGUAUGCUGGUGUCACACCUUUUGUUGCGUGAAUGGCGGCUGAACGUUGCUAGAAUAAUUAUCAGUAACGGUUUUCUGUCGAACCACGAUUAAAUUAAUGAAGCUAACAUUCUACUGAAAUCAGGACGACAGCGUGUGCAUUGAUGCACCGUGUAUGUAUCUUUCAAUUUAGUGCUCAAUGAUAUAACGUUUGCUAUGUAAAUGUGUAUAUAUAUAUAUCUAUAUCCAAGGUAACACAUAGCUUAACAUUGAUAUUGGAACUGUUUGCGAGAGAUAAAUUUCACUUACAAAGUCACACGUAACGCGUAAAAUGUAUACUAAUGCAAUUAAUUUUGAAAUGUAAUUUAAAUGAGUUUCAACAGUGCAAAUAUUGUAAUUGAAAAUUCAAAUGAUAUUCAAUCUUCUUUCUUAUAUUUCUUUUAAUUUCGAUUUUUCUCUCAAGUAUUAAUAUUUUAAGGUAAUAACAUUAAUUGAUAUUAGUAAUAACACAUUAAUUCUAAUUAAAAUUCCAAUUAUUUCUAGUUUCGAAAUUAUUGCUUUAGGAUACUAACAUUGGAAUUCCUAAACAAAAAAAUGGACCUUGAAAUUUAUAUCCGCGACCAUCUCUUUUUGCAUAAAAAUUACUCUUUAGGUAAGAGAAUUUUUACUGAGGAAUUUAAUUAUUUUAAUGCAAUUUCAAAGUUUCAGUUUCAUAAAUGUUGUGAUUUUUUAAAAUUAUUUUAAUUUAAUUAAGAUUAUACAAAUGUGUAAAGCGAACAUUCUCCUAAAGCACCAAUAAAAACUAAAAAUCUCUUAUUUUCUUCACUAUAAAAAUUACAUCUUCUCAAUCAUGAUACACAUACAAUAAUUGUUACACAUUUUGUUCAUACAAAAUAAGAAUUGCGAUUCAUAAUUUAUUAUUAAUGUAUUUAAAAGGUCUUUUCUCGCCCGCUCGUAAAUAUGACGUCAUUCAACAACUAUUCUUGUAAUGUCGUUGAGGAAAACAGAAUCGUUAAAAGUGAAUUCUCGUCGAUGAUACCGUAAAAUCGAAGAGCUCUUGUUUCUGCCACACAUUCGAGAUCGCAGAUAAAUGCCAAACGAUAUUAAAUAUAUCGUAACUUGGUCGAAAGUGGAAAAACCAGACUUUAAUCGGCAUAUCGAAUAGUCUCAUGUCUAUCUCGAACCAAUGGCACAUUAUUAAUACAAAACGCUUGCGGUUCAACGGUACCGGUUGACGCGUCAGUAUGUAUAAUAAAAGUUUUGCAUAUAAUAAGAUACAGAUAGGUAUUCAUAAACGUCUUCUCCCUUUAAAUCUGCAUAAUACAUUCGAGGCAUUAAUUUUUGGGCGCGUCUCGAUCACUUACACGACAUGAAUAAGUGAAAGAAAAACAUUUUCUUUCUUGAAUGUCGCAAUGUCAUGUUUGAACAAAUAACGUAUUCCGUGGAAUUAAAUAAUACGUGGUUGUUUUAAAGACCAAAUAACAUAAUCUAAUUUUUAAAUUACUUAUCAUACAAUUACAUAAUCUAAUUAGUAUUUUUUAGAAAGACGUUUACAGUAUUAAAAUAUCGUAUAUGAUUUCUUUGACAUUCUAUACAUUAUGUACCAACAUCGUCAGCAUUAAAUCAUGAAAUUUUUUAAAAAUGUACUUUUUAUUCAUUCUAUUCUAAUUUUCUUCUCAUUAAUCAUCGUCUAUUUAAAAUUCAAAUAAACUCCAAUUUAAUCACACUUAUAUAACAUACCGGAUUAAUUAAUUCAAUAAAUGUAAUAGUGACUUUCCAAUCAAUAUAUAUGUACAUAUAUUAAUAUCUAACAAUAAAUAUAGGUAAUAAACACAUUUACAAGGAAUAAUAGACACCUUUACACUUAGUUAAUAUCUUUACCAAAAACAUAAAAAUGACUGGCUAAUAAACACACUGUUUGAUCAGUGUAGUAAUUAUAACAUAUACAUCAAUUUCUGUAAAUGAUACACACAAAAGACGAGCAUUAAAUUCAAAUCACUCCUCAUAUUCUUCCGUAACCUCUAUAAUCAUACCAAAAAGUAUUGAAUUAUAUUUAGAAUCUGUGGUUAAGUCCAUGCCCGUGGAAAGAGAAAAAACAAGAUUACAGCUAUCGAUGGCAACCAUUGAAAAGUUAGCGUGACCCUGAUGACGGUCAAUAACAGUCAUCCGUAAUUCGACCCUGAACGUGAACCCGAACUGGUCAGGUACUGUCCAGUCGCCGACCAGUCGGUCGUGCCCUCCUUCUCUUCUGGAAUAGCAAUUACCUCUUCGACCUGAGUCGUCCUCAGUCGCCGUGGGACACUGGCGAUAGUAACUCCCAGCUAGGGACAUGUCCGUAACUCGUUCCUGACAGCGCCCGCGCGGAGGAUCCUUCAUCAAUAAAGAAUCCUUCCUGUGGAACGUGACGCGUGAAACUUCACACGGAUAAUAACACGGACUAAAUUUGAUCACGGAAAAUGAAGUUUUCCCAGUGCGUUGUAUUAUUGGUCGCUCUGUAUCUGGCCUCAGAAACUUGUCAAGCAAGUACUUUCGGUGAGAGGGUGAAAAACUUUUUUGGUAUUUUUGGUAACAAACCACCGUACGCCAUGGAAGCACCUGCACCUUGUUACUGUAGUUGCGGUCUGCGGAACGAAGAAAGCCGAAUAGUCGGUGGUCAGACUACUCGCAUGAAUGAAUUCCCAUGGAUGGCCAGGCUUUCGUAUUUGAACAAAUUCUACUGUGGUGGAACGUUGAUUAAUGAUCGCUACGUCCUGACCGCGGCUCACUGUGUCAAAGGGUUCAUGUGGUUCAUGAUCAAGGUCACGUUCGGUGAACACGACAGGUGUACCGAAAGAGGAGCUGAGACCAGAUACGUGGUCAGAGUGUUAACCGGUGAUUUCAGUUUCCUCAAUUUCGACAAUGACAUCGCGCUUUUACGACUGAACGAAAGAGUGCCUCUCAGCGACACUAUAAGGCCCAUAUGUUUGCCAACAGAAAAAGAUAAGCAAUACGUUGGAACGAAAGCAAUCGCGUCCGGCUGGGGUACCUUGUACGAGGAUGGGAAGCCAUCUUGCCUGCUGCAGGAAGUCGAGGUACCGGUUAUGAGCCUUCAGGAUUGCCGUAACACAAGCUACAGUCCACGUAUGAUCUCUGAUAACAUGAUGUGCGCUGGAUAUCCUGAUGGGAAAAAGGAUUCUUGUCAGGGUGAUAGCGGAGGACCACUCAUAGCCGCACGCGAAGACAAGAAAUACGAACUCAUAGGUAUAGUAUCCUGGGGAAACGGAUGUGCUCGACCAGGAUACCCUGGCGUUUACACAAGAGUCACACGAUACAUAAACUGGAUAGUUUACCACUCGCGAGAGGGAUGUUUCUGUGAACAAAAUUAAGAUCAAUUGUUAUAUGUAACAACGUGGAAAGCAAUAGAUUUCUCUGUAUUAUAUUAAUUAUUAUUAUGAAGCAACAUUGAAUCGGGAUAAAUACAAGUUUCAUCAUGACGUCAUUAUCGAUGAUGGACUUUGAAAUACAUAGAGACAUCAAGUCGAUUUUCUUCGGAUAUUAAUUAAUACUUAGUUUCCAAAGUCAUUAAAAACGUAUUUUGUUAAUAUAUUUUCAACAUCUCAACAAGUAAAUAUAAUUUUUUUGGAUAUUGCUACUUUUAUUAAUAUUCAUGUAGAGAGUAACUUCUACACAAGCAAAUGUUUAUUCUGCUUUUUGACAAACCUUUUUCUAAGAGAAUGUAAGUAAUGUACGAAUUACUUUGCUAGGUAUUACUUAAAAAGUAUUCAUAAAAUACUCAAACAUUCCCCGUACAUGAUCUUUCAUCUAAAAAAAGAGGACUAAUUACAAUUAUUACG